AUGGCGCUGAGCUCCACCUCCUCCGAUGACUCCAACCCCUUCGCUACAGAAUCUGUGGCCAUCUCGGCGGCGACAUUACAACUGAUCAACAUCAAGUCUCACGUUCCCGUGACUCUUGAUCUCGGUGACUCCAACUUUGGCACCUGGCGCACCUUCUUCAACAUCGCGUUCCGCAAGUUCGGCCUCGUGGAUCACGUCGAUGGCACAAUUGACGCCCGCGCCAUGCUCGCCGACGCCGAGUGGACGCAGAUCGACACCUGCAUAGUCUCCUGGCUCAACACCACCCUCUCCUAUGACAUCCUCUCGGCGGUCAUCCAGCCCAACGACAACGCCUACGCCACCUGGACCGCCAUCGGCUCCCAGUUCCUCGACAACAUCGUACAGUGCACUGUCCAAGCGCGGCAGGCAUUCCACGCCCUUAGCCAGGGCGACAUGACGGUGACUGAGUACUGCGGAAAGAUCAAGACCCUGGCGGACACGCUACACGACGUCGGCUCUCCUCUGACCGACCAGGAGCUCGUCAUCAACCUCUUGAGCGGGAUGAAUGACAAGUUCGCCCACUGCAUCCCCACCAUCUUGGCUUCGCGGCCGCCCAUGACGUUUCUUCAAGCGUGGUCCUUUCUCCUCCUAGAGGGGGUGGUGAUCGGGUGA